UUGUAAACAACGAGUGACGUCACCUCGGCGGGCGACGAAGCUUCGCGUACAAAAAAAAGAAAUGCUGCGGUUCGGGUCGGCAGGUUGCUAAUGUCUCCGGGUGUCAUGUGGACCGUUGCGGGUUUUUUUUAAACACGUGUAAAAUUCUGUAAAAACUGAACUUCUUAUCUCUUCGGUUGUCAGGUACAGCAGCAACAAAAAACGAGAUAUUGAACCAUUAAAAUCAAUACGAGGACCGGGGAGUAAAACAUGACAACUCUAACGAGGCAAGAUCUCAAUUUUGGGCAAGUGGUUGCUGACAUUCUGUGUGAAUUCCUGGAGGUCGCUAUUCAUCUCAUCCUGUAUGUCCGUGAGGUUUAUCCCUCUGGGAUAUUUCAGAAGCGAAAGAAGUACAACGUACCUGUGCAGAUGUCAUGUCACCCAGAGCUGAAUCAGUAUAUCCAAGAUACACUACACUGUAUAAAGCCACUCAUUGAAAAGAACGAUGCAGAGAAGGUGGUUGUGGUCAUCAUGGACAAAGAGCAUCAUCCAGUAGAGAGAUUUGUUUUCGAGAUUUCCCAGCCACCACUGCUCUCCAUCAGCUCAGACACGUUGCUGUCACACGUGGAGCAGCUGCUGAGGGCGUUCAUCCUGAAGAUCAGCGUGUGUGAUGCUGUUUUAAAUAGUAAUCCACCAGGGUGUUCAUUUACAGUACUAGUACAUACCAGAGAUGCUGCUACUCGCAAUAUGGAGAAGGUUCAAGUAAUUAAGGAUUUUCCAUGGAUAGUCGCUGAUGAGCAAGAAGUCCACAUGCAGGAGCCUAGACUCAUUCCACUAAAGACUAUGACUUCUGAUAUAGUAAAGAUGCAGCUGUAUGUGGAAGAGAGAGCCCAGAAAACAUAGAUGCUUUCUUAGCAGAAACCAUGCUGCAGGAGAUAAUCUGUGACACCAGGGAAUCCCAGGCAGAAUCUUCAACACAGCCUAUCAGUGCUGAAUUGAUGAGUUGUUGAGGAACACAUGGGGAGAGAGUGAUGUUCCCUGUGAAAUGUAUUUUUAUGAGGUCCAUUAACUUUGCUUCUGGCGGCGUUAAAGGUUGGACUCGCACACUGGGUUGAUAGAAGUCCUUUAUCAUCAGCGUGGGCCAUUUUCUCAUUCCACAUAAAUGCGUGAUUAUGGUUCUGUUUGUGAAAUUCUGGGCCGUUGGUUAAAAUGUAUAUAUUUUUAAUUUAUUUCCCGUUAUGUGCCAGGAAAGUCUUUCAGCUCUUCAUCACACUCCACUGCUAAAUAUCAUCCUUUUUGCUGAUAGCAGUCAAGUCUGAUAUUGUCAUGAAUGUGGUCAGUGUAGCUGUGCAUCCGUGCUGAUACGUAAUGUAUUUUGUUGUUUUUUGAAUGGAGGUUUUUAGGGUAACCGGAUGGAAAUGUCCUUGUAACUCUAUGAAAUUCAAAGCAUAUGGAAAUCAGGAAAACAGUGUAGUAUGUACCAUUAACACCAGUCUGUAAACUGAGAUGACAGUUGUAUUGUUAGUGCAAUAAUAUUACUCUGUUUCUUUGUAGGCAGAUUUAUUUGAUGAAACUCCCACAGACAGCCUGUCCUUAUAACUCCACAUGGAGGUCGUCUGUCAGUCUGUCUCACUCUGUUUAUUGUACGGUGUCUUAACUCUCUGUAAUGUCCUGCCGAGCAGUUUCUUGCAUGGUGUCCACAGCAGCAUCUAUCAGGAAAGCCUUCCUGGAGUUUCUGUGAAGUUAAAGGAUUUCGUUGUGUGCAUUUGCAACCAGGGGUAGCAUUCUCUUCUAUUGUUGGAUGGCAAAUAGAAAGUUCUAAUGGAGCAUUAGAUUUUUUUUUUUCCAUUCACAGAAGUUUGUUUUAAUAUGUGAAAGUUUAUUAAACUCUAAAAAAAAAAACAAAACCAAAAAACGAACUGUAAUGUAAAUAAAGGUCUUGGUAUAAGAAUUCAAGGACCCAAACACAUGACAGGAGGAAGAGUAACAUCUGAAAUCUGAAUCUUUUAACAAGUUGAAGUCAUACAAACAGGUGGUUAAUUCCACCAAGGGGCAAAAAACAAACCAAGUGCUACAGGAGGAAAUCUAACAAAAACCAAUAAUGUGCGAGAAAUAAACUAACACAGGGAAAAUGGGGAAAACAGUUUGUCUUUGUACAACCGAGCUGUCGGCUUUCAAUCUGCCGUUUGGGAAAUGAUGCACAGGAGGUCUAAAUACCACGGAGACUGAUUAGCUACAUGAAGUGUCUCACAAAGUAGUUCUGGCACAAGAAUAUGAGUUUUACUGUCUGACAGCAGAUCAUUUAUGGUCUGCAUAACAAUAGCUAGAAUACCACAUUAACACAAGAUCUUCAGCCUUGCAUGCAACUGAACUGUUUACAGUGCUUUUAAAUGUAAAUGGUUGGUAUUGUUUGCACAAUGAUUCAUAGGCAUUAACUUUCACGUCAGUUUAGCCCUUAAUAAACUUAAAGCUUAAAUUUAAUAUGUAUCGUUUGCAGGAUUGUGUCAUAUGAAACCAAAAGACACUUCAUAGAUUUAAAAUAUUAAAAUGAUCUGAUACCACACGAACACAACAGGCUCUCUAAAGUUCAGUUCAUUAAGAAAACACAGAGGUUGUGUUCUUUUAUGAAAAACAGAGAUAACUUAGAUUGAGUUGAGGUUUAAAAAUAGAUCACUUUUUAGCAUAAAAGUAGGUUUUUAAACAUCCAUUUUGUCUUUACUGCGUAGUGAUGUACUGGAGUAUGUGUGUGGAGUAGAUGUGUUAAAUACAAAUGUAUUAAAGGAAGCUGAGAUCCAAAACUGUUGAAGCUGCAGUUGUUCAGAACAAUUGGGAAGAAAUCGAACAAAAGCAGAAGGUCUGGAUGAGUUUGAGUGUCACUAAAAGACCAGCAGUAGCAAACAUUAAACUUACUCAGUCAACUUCCACAGUGGCUGAUCUUCAAAUGACUCACAAAUGUUUGUCUAAACUAUUGCUCACCCUCAGUCUAAACCAAGGUGAUCUAAGACUCCUGCAGUCCACAGAAGUACCACAGUCAGUAGAUCCAAAGGUAUCUCCUGCCCAAAGGAGUUUAUCUCUAGUUAUCAGUUUGGACAAAAAAAAAAACAGCCUGAUAUUUUUGGAGAAGGAUAUGAAUUAAUAUUUUACACUUCAUAGAACAUCAUGUAAUGAUAUAACUCCAUUUUCAUGUGCUGUAGUAUCAGUAUGAACCAUGAAUUUGUAUAUUUUUUGAUCACAAUAAAUCCGUCACAGUCAC